GGUCGUUCCAGGAGAGAGAAUAGGAAGGCCAGAAGUAAACCAGGGUAGGGAGAAGAAAGGACAGAGUCAAGAAACAUUUCGGAGUUAGGAUACCCAGCGACCCCCUGCAAGGGAGCAGUAACAUCUAACUUCUGCAGACAGAAAGGCAGGAGCAUUGGAGAGACGGAGGAUGGUGGCUGUGGAGCAAGUGUUGGGUGGUAUAUCACCCACUUUUCCCCACCAGGUAGGCUGCAGCCUGAGCAGACACUCCAGGAGGUUGCAUGCCAGAGAGGGUGGGGCCUCCCAGACUUGGGAAGGCAGCGGCAACCUGCCGGAUCUGGGUUAACAAAGACAGGACUACAACUCCCAGCAUGCUCAGGCCCAGUGGGGUGACGGCGGGCGGUGGCUGCGCUGCACCCGCCUGGUGGGCGCAGGACGUGGGUCGGCUCUCGAGCCUGUCAUUCUGAAGGGGUCUGCGGGGGUGCGGGUCGGCGAUGCACCCUUGUAUCCCGCGCACCGGCAGCGCUGGGCUCGCGUCUCCCUCCCCGCGGCCCCUCCCCUUGCCCCACCCCAGCUGGGCGGCUUAGCUGGGGCCGCAGCGCGGCUGCAACAUCACUCUCGCCGCCGCUGCUCCGCCCCAUCCCCUUCUGUUUUUCUCUCAUUCUCGGGUGGCGGCAGCGGAGAAGGCGGAGGCAGAGGCAGCAGCAGCAGCGCUGGCUGCAAUGAAUGAUCCCCCAGCUCGGGGGGAGGACUCCAGCUGUUUACGGCAGCGCUCCUCUGCCCCAGCAUGGGGCGGGCUCCCGGCACUGCCAUUCGGCCGGCGCGGCUCCCACGGCUGCCCGGGGUUUCUGUCUAAUUCUCCCUGCCCAGCCGGUGCAGCGGAGAGCGGAGGAGGCCCGGACUGCAGCAGCAGCGGCGGGGCCACCUCCCAGCAUCCCCACCCUAGGAGGCUGCAUGCGGAUUGAAGAGCGGCGCCUGGGGGCUGGGCCGGCCCCGCUGAUACCUACCUAGGGAGGACCGCAGGACUGCCCCGGCUGCGGAGGGGGCCGCGGGGCGGGAAAGGUAGAGGAGCAAGAUGGCCAGUAAAACCAAGGCCAGCGAGGCCCUGAAGGUGGUGGCCCGGUGCCGACCCCUCAGCCGGAAGGAGGAGGCUGCUGGUCACGAGCAGAUCCUGACCAUGGAUGUGAAACUGGGCCAGGUGACCCUGCGGAACCCCCGGGCUGCCCUGGGGGAGCUGCCCAAGACCUUCACCUUUGAUGCCGUGUAUGAUGCCAGCUCCAAGCAGGCAGACUUGUAUGAUGAAACUGUGAGGCCCCUGGUAGACUCGGUGCUUCAGGGUUUCAAUGGCACGGUGUUUGCCUAUGGCCAGACGGGCACUGGCAAGACCUACACCAUGCAAGGGACCUGGGUGGAGCCGGAGCUUCGUGGGGUCAUCCCCAAUGCCUUUGAGCACAUCUUCACCCACAUCUCGCGCUCCCAGAACCAGCAGUACCUGGUCAGGGCCUCUUACCUGGAGAUCUACCAGGAGGAGAUUCGAGACCUGCUCUCCAAGGAGCCUGGCAAGAGGCUGGAGCUGAAGGAAAACCCGGAGACAGGCGUUUACAUCAAGGACCUCUCCUCCUUCGUCACCAAGAAUGUCAAGGAGAUCGAGCACGUGAUGAACCUGGGGAACCAGACCCGGGCGGUGGGCAGCACACACAUGAAUGAGGUCAGCUCCCGCUCCCACGCCAUCUUUGUCAUCACUGUGGAGUGCAGUGAGCGUGGCUCUGAUGGCCAGGAUCACAUUCGUGUGGGCAAGCUCAAUCUGGUGGACCUGGCUGGCAGUGAGCGGCAGAAUAAGGCAGGCCCCAACACAGCUGGAGGGACGGCCACACAGUCCACCGGGAGUGGCGGCGGGGGCGGGGGCAGUGGUGGUGGAGAGAGGCCUAAGGAAGCCUCCAAAAUCAACCUCUCGCUGUCUGCUCUGGGCAACGUGAUCGCUGCUCUGGCGGGCAACAGGAGCACCCAUAUCCCCUACCGGGACUCCAAGCUGACCCGGCUCCUCCAGGACUCUCUCGGGGGAAACGCCAAGACCAUCAUGGUGGCCACCCUGGGUCCAGCGUCUCACAGCUUCGACGAGAGCCUCUCCACCCUGCGCUUUGCCAAUCGGGCCAAGAACAUCAAGAACAAGCCCCGAGUGAACGAGGACCCGAAGGACACGCUGCUGCGGGAAUUCCAGGAGGAGAUCGCCCGCCUGAAGGCCCAGCUGGAGAAGAAGGGGAUGCUGGGGAAGCGGCUCCGGAGGAAGAGCAGCCGCAGGAAGAAGGCCGUGUCAGCCCCGGCCGGGUACCCUGAGGGGCCAGUGAUCGAGGCCUGGGUGGCCGAAGAGGAGGAUGACAAUAACAACAACCACCGCCCACCCCAGCCCAUCCUGGAGUCGGCCUUGGACAAGAACAUGGAGAAUUACCUUCAGGAGCAAAAGGAGAGGCUGGAGGAGGAGAAGGCCGCCAUCCAGGAUGACCGCAGCCUGGUGAGCGAGGAGAAGCAGAAGCUGCUGGAGGAGAAGGAGAAGAUGCUAGAGGACCUGAGACGUGAGCAGCAGGCCACAGAGCUGCUCGCAGCCAAGUACAAGGCCAUGGAGAGCAAGCUGCUCAUUGGGGGCCGGAACAUCAUGGAUCACACUAAUGAGCAACAAAAGAUGUUGGAACUGAAGAGGCAGGAGAUUGCUGAGCAGAAACGCCGUGAGCGGGAAAUGCAGCAGGAGAUGAUGCUCCGAGAUGAGGAGACCAUGGAGCUCCGGGGCACCUACACGUCCCUGCAGCAGGAGGUGGAGGUCAAAACCAAGAAACUCAAAAAGCUCUACGCCAAGCUGCAGGCGGUGAAGGCGGAGAUCCAGGACCAGCAUGACGAGUACAUCCGUGUGCGGCAGGACCUGGAGGAGGCGCAGAACGAGCAGACCCGGGAACUCAAGCUCAAGUACCUAAUUAUCGAGAACUUCAUCCCCCCAGAGGAGAAGAACAAGAUCAUGAACCGGCUUUUCCUGGACUGUGAGGAGGAGCAGUGGAAAUUCCAGCCUCUCGUGCCCGCUGGAGUUAAUAACAGCCAAAUGAAGAAGCGGCCAACAUCUGCAGUGGGCUACAAGAGGCCUAUCAGCCAAUAUGCUCGGGUUGCCAUGGCAAUGGGGUCCCACCCCAGAUACAGGGCUGAAAACAUAAUGUUCUUGGAGUUGGAUGUGUCCCCUCCAGCUGUCUUCGAGAUGGAAUUCUCUCACGACCAAGAACAAGAUCCCCGUGCACUACACAUGGAGAGGCUCAUGCGGUUGGACAGCUUUCUGGAAAGACCUUCCACGUCUAAAGUCCGGAAGUCCAGAUCCUGGUGCCAGAGUCCUCAGCGGCCUCCACCCUCCACCACACAUGCCUCCCUGGCCUCUGCUGCUCUGCGCCCUGCAACAGUGCUGGACCAUGAGUGACACCCUUCGGCCAGGCUGCCCAUCGGACAGAGUCCUGGGAUGGGGCAGCCAGCCCGCCAUCAUCUCAUCUGCCGCUCGGUGUGUGUGUGUGUGUGUGUGUGUGCACGUGUGUGUGUGCGCGCGUGUGUGUGAGAGGGUGAGAAUCUGGCAGACCGUGCCUCUGCCUGCUCUUCUUAGCCUCCUUUAUUUAAUUAAUGUUAUUUAUUCGUGGAGCUCAGUUAGUGUGGGAGAGAGGCCCUCGCCUGAGUCUGCCAUGGUAACUGCAUAGCCUCCUUUCCUGCUGACUUUAGAACCCCCACCCCAGUCAGACCUCAAGCUCCUCCCUGUCGGCUGUCCCCAGAAGGGAAGGGGGCCAGUGCCUGAUAAGAGAGGACUUUUUCUACCUGUCUCCCUCCAUAAUCUCCAUCUCCUCCUACACUGACAGUGAGCAGCUCCCACGCACUUUCUGGAACUAGAAAAACGCUAGGUGUCCCCUGAGGAUAAGAGACAUCCUGACAGUACUCCCAGCACUUCCUGGAUCUCAGACAACCUCGUUGGGCUUCUUGGGCUCCUUUUCAAGGACUUCAAAGACCUCACAGACACAGCCCAUGCUCUUCAGCUUUGGCAAGAAUUCGUGGCUUCCCAAACUCUGCUUUCUGCUCCCCUUCCCAAGCCUUUGGUGGGAAUUGUGAACCAACCAGUUGUUGCCUCCUCAGGACCUGCAGGAAAUGGAAUAGUAAUGGAAACAAUGCGGACAGCCAUCAAGGGAAGUCCCUCCUCCGGGGCCCUUUGUUUCUGUCCUCCUCCGAGAAGUACCUUUGGUCAACAAGCGAUCAAGGAACUCUGUUUUGUUUUUGAGAUGUCGCUCCUUCCUGCUUCCAUCAUUUUCCCUGCAGCUGCCUGGAUCCCAGUUCCCAGUGGGAGGGAGCGAUAUUCUCUUCCUGGCUAAACAAAGAUAUAAGAAUCUGUUGCUUGCCCCUUCAUGUAGCACAGGAGAUGGAGGCCUGGGCACAAUCUACCAUCUUUGCCUAUUACCCCUGUUUCUGAAUCACAGUUGUUGGGCACUGUUUUGUUGAAAACUGACCCUUUCUUCAGCGUUGUGCAAAUUGGUCCCCACGGAAGUACUCCUCACCUCCCUUGUGACAUCCCAAGAUGUCUCCAGGUAUCUCAAGUGAUAAGUAAAUUUCUACCAAAAAGAAGAAGAAUUUUCAUUGGCUUACUUUUUAAGUGUUUAUUUUGGUGGAGGGGCGAAAAGGUAAUCCUGAGAGAAAAGUAGUGGUUUAGGAUUUCAAAAUGCCCUAAUUGUGGGGGUCUCCAGUUCCUAGAAUAUAAGGAUUUUAGUUAUUGGGAUAAAAGCAUAAAACUGACUUGAUUUGCCUGAAAUUUGGUGUGUGAGAGGUGCAGGUAAGGGCUGAUUACCUGGUUAUUCUCUUUCUAUCCAGAAAUGAACCCUUCUUACACAGUUCAAGCUCUGCUCUAAGGACCAAGCUAUGGUUUGGUUUAAAUCAAUGAUGCUGUCAUUUCUGCUGUAAUUACUGGACUAGAUGGUUGGGCAACUCAAUUGCCAGUUGCUGCUGUCCGUCAAGGAAAUAACAUUUCUCAUCAGAGCCCAGGAGAUUAUUUGAAACUCAGAAUUCAGAUCAGAGGUUCUGCUGUGGCUGGGACAGGAGUUUCAUGUAGAAAUCCCCCAGGUGGCUUGGGCACAGAGGGCCCUCUGGUCCCGCAAUGAGCAGCCUCUCCCAGGGACCCCUUUCUUAUUUGUGAGUAAAGCAGCACGCGUUGCCCCCAUUCACCACUUGGACACAUUGACUCGGCGUUGUUUAGUCACUUGACCCUCACAGUCUUACAGCACAAUCUACCCAACUUCCCCACCACCACCUCCCCCUGCCCCCCAGUCUGAGGGCUGGGCCCGAGGUGGUCGGAGGAGGAGCUCCUGCCUGCAGUUUUGUGUACAUGUGUAUGUGUGUGCGUGUUUGUGUGUGUUCAACUCCACAGGGGACACGCUACACUCUGUAAGAUAUGCUGGGAACAGGGCCACUGGGGUGGUUGGAUCUCAGUCUCUCUCUCUCUCUCUCUCUCUCUCUCUCUCUCUCUCUCUCUCU